AUGACUGUGCCUAGCUGGAAUAAUCUGCUCGACAUUUAUAACUUGACUCACAUUAAAAAUGCUUCUGCGGUACCUGACUUACAACGCUUGGAGGUUCUUGCUGGAAGCUACUUCUCUGUGGCUGGCUCCCUCAUUAAUAUCAUAAAACCUGGAAGAAUGAGCAUGUUCGGGACCCUUCUUGUUGUGUGGGGUCUCGUAAAGGAAGGAAUUCUCAAAAAGCCUGUGGACACUGAUCAAACAACUGUAUUCGUGUACCCAACAAUUUUGGUCGCUUUGGUUUGUGCUUUCUUAUCUGUAAAAUACGAUAUUAAGAAGGUGGCCAGAAGUGCCCCUGCCCAACCCGUGGCAAAGCCUCUCAAGAGCUCGUCCAAAUCCAAGCUGAAAUGA